UUCUUCCAUUUCCAAUCACGGGUUCGUUGUUUGCUACCUGCGCGAUCUCGCGAUCAAAUUCUUCGACGCUCAUUUUGACAGUUCGCUUGGUUGAUUAAUUUCUUUCCUCGGACCGCGUUGUUGUCCGCGUGUUUUGGCAUUAUUUAUGUUUUUUUUUUAUUUCUACUGGAUUACUCACCCAUCGCCAUCACCAGUGUGGAGUAACCCGUAAAUUAAAUGCGAAUGUUGUUUUAUAUUUUGUUGUGACAUUGUGAAGUGUGUGUUGGUGGUUAAAGUUUAGUUUCGUGACACCCACCAACACUUUGGGCAGUCGCAGUCAGAGUUUUUUUCUGAGCGUUUUCUUAAGUAGCUAUCGAAAAUGAUUAGAGUAACAUGUAGAUUAAAAAAAAAACUUUUUAGAGUACAAAAAUGAAACAAUAUUCGCAUCGCGCUAGUUCUUUUGUUCGCUCGGUUUACCACGCGAUCGUUUAAGUCUCCCGCAGAUCGCGCAUCAGCCGGUCGGUCGGUCGAUCGUUCCGCGAUCCGCGGGCUGAACUCAGCACUGAGACGGAGACUUUCUAUAGAUGCAAUAAUCAGUUUCAUUUUCGCGUUCCGGGGUGUAGUAGCGCGGUUGGUCCGAGAGUAAUAAAAGUUGAGGAAAGGCAAUCCGAAAUAAAAAAAACCGAACAAACUGCGCGAUGUAGAAGAGCCACAAUUUCUCUGUUAUGGUUUAUUACCGCUGGACUACGAUAUUAAUCGCACAAUUCGGUCAGAUGUUUUUCACUUUUACUAACCGGUGCUUAGAUUUUCAUGAUUCAUAAUUAGGUGCGAGAUCUAUGAAACCAUGUUUGCAUUCAUUGACAGGGAAAAAUAGUCAUUCGAAGUGAAAUUUAGCCAAGUGUUUCCAAAAUUUUCCGGAAGAUAGUUGUGCAGAUCGAUUGAUCAGAAAAAGUGCGAAGUGAAUGUACGAAGGAUCCAUGUGAGUUAUGGUCACUGAAUAAUGGCUUAUCUUUCUUCAUAAAUCACUGCAUAAAUUUGAAACCGUCGUAAACGGUUAGUGCCCAGAGUCGCAGGUUUCAGAUAGUCCAGUCCCAACGAAAAUUUCGAACCUCGAUACGAGAGAGACGGAGUCGCAAGCUAACGCAAGUAACGAAUGUAGGAGAAAUAACGUUCCGAGAUAUGUCACCUGAAUACUAAAAUGUGGAAGGCGUGAAUAAUAAAUAUGGUGCUUGAAUGCAUAUCGGAUAAUUUCACGUCACAGCGAGAAAGCUCCUAAAGCCGAUAAAUUAACCGCUCGACCGAGACGACCGCUUGUGGUCGGUUAUCGAACAAGUUCCGAGACGAAAAGUGGACUGCGAAAUCAUCCAUCGGCUAAGAGCUAAUGAGCCAAUCAACAUCAACAACAACAACAACAAUGGAAGUCAUCAAGCUGAGCAGUUAAAAGUAGGAAGGCGAUAGCAGAUUUGAAUAAUCAAUUCGAGCCCCGAACCACGAUCCCGCGCGCGAGUGCGAAUAAUGAGGUGAACAAAUUUCGGUAGAGUACGCAAACGGAGAGAAAGAGAAGACAAAAAAAAAAGCCUAGAGUGUUAAGUGCAGUCCGUCUCUACACUUCAAUAAUGCAGUAAUCGUUGAAAAUAAUCUGAAGUUGAUACCGUCGAGAAGUUAGUGAAGUGUGGUUAAUUUUUUGUUUGGCAAACUACGCCAAAAGAAGCUGACUGUAGAAAAACGGGUUAAGACGGUACUUCAUCGGAAAGGAUUUGAACGAAGAGUAAACCACGAACCCGAAACCGGGACCCGAUGAUCAUCGAAGUACGGGUUCUGAAGGAUGGGAUAUUUUUCGAAGCGAAACGUGUUCAUCUACUGCUGCAUAUCGGCCUGCCUGUCGCUGAUCACCUACCUGGUGGCGUUCUCCUGCGAAGUUUCUUGGAUACUGGAAGCGAAAGGUGACCUACCGGUUCCGUCCUUUCUGCUGUGCGUGGAGUUUUUCAUUCUCUUCAUCUCGUCGGCCGUGCUAAUCCAUGGACUAUCAACCGGAGUAUCAUGGGGACUGCUUUGCUGGUCGAUCAUCAUCGGGAUGCUGUCGGUGCCGGAACUGGCGCUCGUGAUGUACAUGACCAUACAAUAUUGGGGUCUGCAGUCAACACAUGGACUAACGGAAUUAAUUGGUUAUUUAGUUCGUUUAAUAGUCAACUGUCUGGCGCUGCUCUGUGUUAUUCCGACGGCUCUGAGAUGGCGUCAGGAGAAAAAGGUCCUGGCACAGCUGGAAUCGCUCGCAUCACGACUGCAGUUGACCACACCGACGCCGGCCACUCCGUUCAAUGCCACCAACGGAAUGAACUCGCUGAGAGCCAGCAAACGGAGCCAAUCGAGCAGGCGGCCUUCGACCGGGUUCGACAAUCCUGGUUAUGUCCCUCACGAAACCAAUUCGGCCGAUAUCGUUCAACAGUACACGGCGUAUAACAACCUGUACGGAUCGCAGAGUGAAUUCAAUGCUAGUAUUUUUGGCUUGAAUCCUUCCCAGUACAUCGGACCGCCACCACCGGAGUUGGGUACGGAAUGCAAAAAGACACAAUCGCUACUGGAUCUACGGUUCAUAUUCCCGCCCAAGUUUCUCACAAGCAACGAGAAGAAAAAUGCCAAAGAAAAGGGAACUGACGAGACGGACAGCGUGUUGAAUAACAAUCUUAAGAACAAGAUCAACAACAAACUGAAUGACAGUUCCAAUAAAAUAAUCAAAGACACAAGCAGUGUGAUCGAUAUCAACACUGAACCGACGGGUGCGAACAACGAUCCCAUCUACUAUACGAUCGAGUCAACGAAAAACAACAAAAUACUCGGUAGAAAUUGCGUAUCCUUGGAAAACCUAGGCAAUAUCACCCUGUCCGAGUCGCCACUGCCAUACAAAAAGAACGAUUUUGCUCAGUACCGAUACGGAAAUAAUCUUCUCAAGAACUACGUGCAGAAUCCGUGGAAUGUGAUUGCGUAUAAUCCGGCCUACAGUGCAUAUCCACCGGCGUACUUCCAAUAUCACAUGCAUCCCUACCAGAUCUAUCAGAUGCAUCACAACAACUUCCCACCGCCGGGAACCCAGCCGGCCGGUGGAGGUUACUUCACCGCAGCGCAUCAUCCUAUUAACCACCACCACCACCAGCAUCAUCAUCACCAUCCGGGUGAACCCCGGGCAGCCUACAAUGGAAUGCAUCACGCAACCAUUGGCUACGGUUACAGCAAUGUAUAUCUCAACAGUGCUAAAAACAGCCGACAAUCGCUGGGGAAUGAGUCGGACGACUUCCGUAAGUACCGUGACGUGGCACUGUAGGAAGUGAUUGCCAUCGCGUCUGUUAUUUGUGCGUGGCCGGCCGGGUUGAAAUGUGCAUAGAUUCAAAAUUGAGGUGCUGGAAGGUAACGAUGAUGAUGAUGAUCCUCAGUAUGUUUUGCAUAGGAAGUAUUUAUUUACCGAAGUUACAAUAGUACAAUAAGCUAGUUAGUAGGAAUUUAGUAAAGCUAGACUAAGUGAGCUGAUGUACAGAUGGAAUACUCAGAUAACUGCAAGAAGCUGUUGCUCGUGUAGGCUUUGCUAACACGAAACGCUCUACGAAAUGUUACGAUCCACAACGAAGUAGGAUACCAACUGUUAAAAUAUAGUCACAGUUACCUUUAACAAACCUAAGAACUGCUGAAAUAAAGUCAACUAUA